GGUGAAAACACACAGUAACAGAAACCAAGGACGAUCAUGGCACACAGUGACAAAUCACCAAACAAAGAUUGGUCAUUUGCAGUUGCAACAUUGAUGGGACGGUGAAGGGCCUGUCUUCGACUAAAGGACACAAUCUUUCUUUCUUCUAACCGGGCAUCACUUUGAAAAUUUAAGGGAAAGAUGGAUAUUAUUUUGGCAGUUAAAGAACUACGACCUUGCGUAAACAUCUGACAUAUAAGAAAAGCGCUUCGAAUAGAAAAGUUAUGAAUCCUUUCACCAAUGACGAUCAUCUUCACGUGCCUAUUGGCAAUGGCAACGUCUCGUACCUCUGUACUUGGUCGCAAAAAGAAUUCCCAGGAAUAAGUGGACUCACGGGAAUAAUUGUGAAUAAUUAACAAAUCAUCAAACAUAAAUAACGGCGAUAAAGAGGAAAUAGCAUUGGUUCAUCCCUUGCAGGAAAAAAAUGAAAUGGAAUGAAUGGAGAGAAGAACUGGUUUACAAGAGCUGUUUAGUCAAGCUGAGAAAAGGGGUGCCUGGACGAACGUGUAUAGUGGAGACCAACUUUGUGCAAAAGUUCCUAGAGGAAUUGGAAAAAGGUGGCAACUAAUCACGCAGAAUACAAAGUUUCACAAGGACUAACGUCGUUCCGGAUUAUAAUACACCCAAUUGCGUUUCGCUUGAGAUCUUGUGUGAAUUAAAACAUUAAAACAAUGAGAAAAAGCAACGAGGACGCGCGUUCGAGUCAAAUUUUCUUUACUGCAAGGGUCAAGAACAAGAGAGAAGAUACCAAGCUGAAAUACGAGAUGAAGCUCCUGGAACGCGAAUUCGGACACACCAUAUUCUCUAUCCACAAGGACAUUCGAGAUCUCAAAGCUGAACUCAAAGUAACCAAACGAAGCAGCGGCCACAGUGCGGAAGGUUGGUUCGCAGGAGAUGAUGACGAAAGUGUUGGGAAUAUUUCUAGUCGUAGGACGCGAUCGACGAAGAGCGCAGAGGGUAUCAGACGUCGCACGAACGUCCUUGAACGUCAUCGAAAGCAGGACAGGGUGACGUCUGCUCCCCCAGUCAGAAAUCAUCGGGACCAUUCGAUGGGUAGUAAGGUGACGAAGACUCCUGAUGAAGAAAAGGUUCGGCAAGACAACCAUGUAAAUUCAAAAUCCACGGGUGGGGAAGUGCGUCUGUCUAGAGUUAAAUCCUUAAUCACACAGAAACAUAGCAUGAGACCUUCUGCAACAAAAAUAGUACCUGCUGAAGAUGAUUGUGCAGCAGAUGCAUCCUUACGCAUAGAUGCGCACUGUGACAAAGACGAGCCUCUUUCAAAUGAAAACAGAUCUGCAGACACCGAAAAUGAUUUUUCUAACGAAACUAUAAGUUCUAGAGUAGAGUCUGCGUCUACUUCCCAACCCAUGAAAAAGAACAGCUUCCUAAAUCCCAUCGCAAAGACAAACUGGGAAACAGAAUUCGCAAGUAGUUCUGUGAAUGAUCAUCCAGCACAUCUGCAGCCGUCCCAGGCUGAAUCUGAUGAUGAACGUCCCCUGUCACCAAUGAUAAAGAUAUUGGUCAAAGAUCGCUGGUUGAAACCAUCCCUGAAAAAGAGAUCAAAUGGCACGAAAGAUGAAGACAUUAUUGACAGACCAAAGAAGACAGUGCGAAUUGCCCCCAAUUCAUCAAAUUUUCAAAGUGAUUUUCAAAAGAACCAUACUAAUAAUGCUACAGCUAACCAGGCGAUAAACCAUCCCAAUACGCAGAAUAUUAAGCAACAGAAUAGUAAGAAAUCCCCGACAUUUCUGACAUCUCUGACAGAGUCAAUUAAGGCUGUAGAUCAUCAGCCUUAUGCGAAGCCCAUGAGUUUGGGAAGUGGAGCUUUGCCGAGCUCAAACAUGUCGAAAGGUGAGUCAAUGAAGAAGUCUGUGAAUGUUAUUCCUGAUGUCCGCAAGAAGGUAUUGUCCCUGGAUGAAAUCAAAAUGAAAAGAAAACGGGACAAUUUGCUGGCGAGCUCAGUGUCUGCCCUUUUGACUGGAAAGGUACUUGGGCAAAGAAACAAAGAGGAGAUCAGCGAAAAUGGGAAAGAGGAGGACGCCGACGAUAGACCAGGAUCUGGAACGGAGAGAGGAAGAUCUCCAUCUCCAAAGCUCCGGAGACGAUUCAGCUUUGGUACGAUCGCACAACUUGCAAUGAAUCAACAUAAAGCUUUCCCGGUCGAAAAGAAAGCUACACUUGGAAGCCGACUAAAGCUGAAAACUCCGGCGGAGGAAUCCGAGAGGAAUAUCCAGAUACACAAAAGUGUUUUAGUAAACGAUUCUGAUUCGGACGACGAUAAUCAUAAGAACGAUUACACACCAGCAAAACCGGCUAUCGACCUUAAGAAUGUGAAAUCCAAAAUAUCGAACCAGUGGAAUCAGGACGCGGUGUUGGAGAAACCACCAACUUUAGCAGACGACACUUUUCAGCUUCAGCGAUCGCUGGCAGCAGCACAUAUAUCGCGAGGACGCGAUCUACGUGAUAUGCAAGACGAUAACGAAGUCGAUCCUGUGAAAGUGAUCGAUGAUGAUCGUAAAUCGGCGCUUGUGUUGAAAUUAAAAGCGUUCAAUAAAUUAUUGGUUGGUGGUGACAAGCAAGAAAAGAGGAGAAAAAGUGUAAUGGAUGCUAUACACGCAGGUACUGAUGGAAAACAAAUCUUAAAACUUAUGAGAUUAGCUAACAAAGAAUAAUGCCUCGUCAAUAAAUCACUCACGAGAUUUGAUUAGCAGAUAUAUCGAUUUAUAAAUUUGAAGUGAAAUGCAGAUUGAUAAUGACUCUUUCUCAGGUGUGUUGGGAUGAACUAUUGCAUGUGUUGUCGUGAGUAAAUAGAUAUUUAUUAGAGCAUAACUUUGGCCAGGAUACAAAGGGAGGAUGCAUAAAAAUUUCCUAAUGUUAGAUGAAAAUAAUAGCAAGCAAUAUUUUGCCGAUAU